UCUCUCCUGCAACUUUGUUGGUGGCGGCAUGUGUCUUGUUUAGUUGAAUAGCGUGAGCGGUUUCUGAACUUUAUGGAAGGGGUUUUGUGACAAACAUUUCAAGGAAAAACUUUAUUUUUUGCACUUUGCCAGUAAUAUCUGAAAAUGGGCAAAUUUCGACAGAAAAAGAACCUCUCGGACAAAGUACGAAAAUUGAAGACUACAAGUGAUAUUAAAAACAAUCCAUUUGAAGUGAAGAUCAACAGACAGAAGUUUGACAUUUUAGGCCGAAAGUCCAAGCAUGAUGUUGGUCUGCCUGGGGUGUCGAGAUCGAAAGCUAUACGAAGGCGUAAAGAAACACUUCUGAAAGAAUACAGACUAAAAGACAAAUCGAAUAAACUUAUUGACAAGCGCAUUGGCGAAUAUGACUCAAAGAUGGCAUCUGAAGACAAAAUUCUGAAAAGAUUUGCCCUUGAGAGACAGCGCAUUUAUGAAAAGAAAGAUAUUUACAACUUGAAUGAAGAGGAGGAACUGACACAUUUCGGCCAGUCCUUAGCAGACAUUGAGAAGCUAAAUGACCGUGUGGAUAGUGACAGUGAUAGCGAAGAGAAAGGACUUCUCUCAGCUGAGCUAACUGCUGCUCACUUUGGAGGUGGAGUAGGGAACCUGCUGCGGAACAAGACUUCCCCAGGAGAGAAGGGCACAGUUGAGGAACCAAAACAAAAAUCACGCAAGGAGCUCAUUGAUGAGUUGAUAGCAAAAUCAAAGCUAGAUAAGCAUGAACGGCAGACACAGAAAGAAGAGUCUCAAAUCCUGACAGAAAAAUUGGAUAGUGAGUGGAAGUCUAUUCAAAGUUUGGUGUCUCGUAGAAAUCUUAAUGCUGCAAUGAGUAAAGAAGAUGAAAAAAGCAAGCCAGACGAGUAUGACAUGUUGGUGCGAGAGUUGGGUUUUGAGAUGAAAGCAAAGCCUUCUGAUAGAAUGAAGUCUGAAGAAGAAUUGGCCAGAGAAGAACGUGAACGUCUUGAAAAAUUAGAGAGUGAUAGAUUAAGACGAAUGCAAGGAGACUUUGAAGAGAGCAAUGCUAAGAAGCUUGUACAUUUCUCAGCUGAUGAUCUAAAUGAUGGCUUUAUUCUCACCAAGGAAGAUCGACAGUUACUUACAUAUAAGGAUGGAAAAUUGUGUGUGGAAUUACCUGAAAAAUCAAAUCAAGAAUGUGAUGAAGAGCAAAACGAGAGUGACAAUGAGGAGGAGAAUGAAGAGGAAGAAGAUGAAGAAGUAGAGGAUAGUGAUUCUGAAGACCAUCAUUCAGAUUUAGAAUCUAAUGAAGACAGUGAAGGAGAGAGUGAAGACCAAACCACUGAGGAAAACAAACCAAAGGCAAUGAUGAGUCUGAGUGAAACAGAGAAAUUUGCACAGAAAGAAGCUGCUAGUGCUGAACUUCCAUAUACCUUUGCAGCUCCUGAAAGCUACAGUGACUUGAAAUCUUUACUUUUGCGAUAUUCCUCAGAAAAACAGUCCCUCAUAAUACAGAGAAUUAAAAAAUGCAACCAUCCAAGCCUUGCAGUAGGAAAUAAAACAAAACUUGAGAAGUUAUUUGGUUUUCUUUUUGAGUAUGUCGGAGACCUGGCAAUAAGGGAACAACCAGAUUUUGGCACAAUCAAUUUGCUUGUUCCUCACCUAUAUGAUCUAUGCCAACUUUUCCCAGAAGCAGCUUGUAAAUGUGUUCAGUCGAUAUUUAGAGACUCUGCUCAUGACAUUGAGGAGGUAGUAGAAGUUAAAGGCAAAGCACCAUUACCAGGGCUUCCUGUAAUGGUGUAUCUGAAAAUCAGUGCUAUGUUAUUUCCUACUUCUGACUUCCGACACCCUGUAGUGACCCCAGUACUUGUGUAUAUGAGCCAGUUGCUUACCAAGUGUCCAAUAACAUCAUUACAAGACGUAGCAAAAGGAUUACUUCUAUGCUGUUUAUUCAUUGAGUAUGUAUCAUUAUCCCAGAAAUUUGUACCGGAGCUUAUCAGUUAUCUUCUUGGAAUUCUUCAUCUGUCAGUUCCUGAAAAACACAACCUAGGUUAUACCCCAGUACCACCAUUCAGAGCAGAAGGAAAGCGAUGUGACUUGUUAGUUCUGAAAAAUGUCAGAGCAUCAGAGUCAUGGGUGAAAAAGUCUUUUCCAUUGUCUGCUAUCAGUAGGCUGGAGUUAAAGAAUGAAAUGGAGCAGGAUCAUUUCAGGUUGUCGUCUUUAGCCACUUGCUUGGACCUUGUUAAAAGAUGUGUUUCUCUGUAUGGGUCACUGCCUUUGUUUAGCAAGAUAUUUCAGCCAAUCACUACUCUUAUUGAAAAGCACCUGCCUGUUACAAUCUACCCUGUCCAUCUACAAGAGCUUAUUGAAAAUAUUUUACAAGAGGUCAAGAGUAGACCCUCAUUGCAAGUGCCUUUGGUUUUUGAUAAACAGAAGCCUGUUCCUCUUAAACUUUAUACUCCAAAAAUAAUCCAAAUUUUAGAUAAUGGGAGAAGACGAGGUGGAACAAAGAAAGAACAAGAGAAACAGAGGUUAAUUCACAAGUACAAGAAAGAGUUUAAAGGUGCAAUCAGAGAAAUUCGCAGAGACUCGCAGUUCUUGGCAAGAGAGAAACUUUCUGAGAUUAUGGGAAGAGAUGCAGAGAGAAAGAGGAAGGUGAAAGAACUGUUUGGGAAUCUGGCUACACAGGAAGGAGAAUGGAAAGCCUUAAAGAAAAAGAAGAUGAAAGGCUGAGUCGUCAGUGUCGAUGAAACAGCACCAGCAAAACCUUUAAUUGCUGCCGGACUUGAGAGUAACACAAGUUAUAGGUCCCAUAGGUGGAGCUGAAAACAAACAUUGUAAAGACUUGUGUUAUUUUUCAAAAAUCAUGAAAAUUUUCCCCCAUCAGAUCUAUUGGUAAUUAAAUUGCAGCGUAGUACUAUUACACGGAAAGCUUGAAUUUACAACAGUGUUGGAGCAGAUUUUUUUUUUAUCCAGAAUGUUUAUUAAUGUACAGAAACUAAUAUUAAAAUAA